CCAUUCUGAAUGUGGGACUGGUUUCUCCUCUUGACCCUGCCCUACAGACCAUAAAGGAGAACAGCGAGAGGCCCCCAGCAAACAUCCGCAGAUGGCCCUGGACAUCAGCCACAUUCUGAGAAACAUGUCAUGUUCUGGGAGGGCUAAGGCGUCAAGUAAGGUCUAUGGGGCUGGAGGAUCCCAGGGCAGGUAGAGCAAUCCAGGGCCGUGGGGGCUUCUGUGGGAAUCAGAGGUCCCAUGGUAGAGGCAGGGGUUCUACAGGAGGAGUGACAGAGCCGCCAAGGGCUCUACUGGCCCAGGGAGCAGUCAACACCAUGGACUGAACACCCGCUGGGCUCCAAGCCCUGGGCCAGGCUGGGGCAUGUGGGGCUAGGAGGCAGCUCAGAGUGGGAGGCAGGGAGAGAAGUGUGCCCAGAAGGCACCCAUUUCUGGAUGUAAUGUGGUCCUGAGAUUCUGGCUGGGAAGUCUUUCCAGGGUUUCUUACGUGUUAUGGAACUGCUUCUUCUCCCCAGCCUCACCCUGCAGGCAUCUCAGUAAGUACAUUGCCACCAUCUUGGAGCUGCAUAGUGUAACGGCACCAGCAGAUCUGCCUGUGCACAGACUUCCUGUACUACCCAGUCCUGAGGAGAGAUGCUUCUUCAGGGCUUGCGACCUGGAGCACAACUUUACACACCAUCAUCCUGGAGCAGCACUGCACCCUCACUAGCCAGGGUGUUGAUGACUUCCUCAAGGCCAAGGCCACGUUCAAGAUUUUUGACUUCAGUGAUUCAUUUGUGCUGAGCGAGUUGGGCUUCUCGGGGAUCUUAAUUCAGGCGGUAGAAUGCAGCUUGAGAUCAAGUGUCUGAUCAAAGAAUUUGAACUUGAUCUGGAGGGCUCUGGGGAGCCAUGGAAAGUGCUGGAUACAUGAGGGACAGUCAGAUAUGUUUUAGAGAUGAUUGUGGAAGGCUGCCUGGAAGGGAUGAACAAGAGCCAGGAGACCAGGGAGGGAGCUUGUGGGGAGGUCUGGAGAUGGCAAGGGAGGGAUCCUGCUUGGAUCAAAGGUCUUCAGGGACUGUCUCAGGUGCUCUCAGAGCUAGUGUGCUCAGAAGUCUUGUCUCCAGGAUGAAAAUGGGAAGGAGUUGUCAAACAAGGAAAUAUAAAUGGAGGCUGGCAUGUUUAUGAGUGCCAAUCGUGGUCCCGGUGUGGGAACUACUGUGGGAACAGGAGUCUCUCCAUCCAGGGACAUGGUGGAUGGACCCUACAUCUCUCCAUGCUGCCUUUCCUUUCCCUGCCAUUCUCCUGAGGGCCUCAGUGCAUGGGCACUGUCCAACCUCUGGUGCUGAAGCAGCCAAGAAGCCCAAGACUGGGUGGCUGCCACUUAGGAUAUGAUAGCACAGCCAGUGGCCUCCACUGCAUCCUGUACAACCUCAGAAGACACCCAGACACUGAGAGUGCUGCCACCACGUGGUGCAAGAGUUCUGAGGGAUCGCAAUCCUGAAGACAAUGAAUGGAGGGUGCAGGGCCUCAUGGCCUGUUCCCCAGCCCCUCUCAUUGGCUCUGGUCCAGGUGGUGAAGGGGCAUAACGUUUCUGCCAGUUCUGCCAUGAUUGCCUAGCAGGAAAAGGAGCAGAGUCCAGAAGCAGAGCCCGGUAUCCAGCCUGCCUAACAAGGGAGAAUUUGUAGACUUUGUGGACAGAGAGAGCUGGGAGUCCAUACCUUCACCCACUAACUUGCUGAGACACUGGUAAAAUCAGUUUUCUUUUCUUAACUACGUUUCUGUCAUCUGUAAAUUGAGGGGAAUUUCUUCUACCUCAUGAGGCUGCUUGGAGAAUUAGUGACAGUUCGUGCAGAGCAGGUGCCACCCAGCAGGCAUUUGGUGUCCAGACCACUCCUCUUCCCCCUUGAUUUUCUGCCUCAAUGUGCAUUUUGUUCUUAAGACAUUCACUCCCCUUAAUUUUGCUCUUUCCUCUGUUCCUGCCUUAUCGUCUAUCCCAUGGAGUCACCAGGAUCUAAGUGGACAACAUUCAUGUGUGCAUGUAUGUGUACAUACAUAUGCACUGUGUUGGUGUUAGAGUGUGGUGUGUGAAGGUAUGUGUGUGUGUGUGUUGGAAUCAGUGACUCACUGAAACUCCCCACACCAGGCUGUGUUCCUGCUCAUUGUUGGAGGUGCUGUCAGGGGCCCUGCCCUCAACCCCAGGUCUGACCCUUGCAGUGCAGGCAGGACAUUCUGGAGGAAUCAUGACCUUGGAAGGGUCCCUGAGGUUUGACUGGUGGGUAUCAGUGGAUAAAUACCCCAGCUCCCUUGCUCUGGAUGAGAUGACUCUGAGGCGCGUGUUCUAUGCUGUCUCUCGGAGGUACCUGGCAGGGCUGAGUCCUGGCUGCCACAGUGGAAACUUUCUUGAUGAAGGUCCCGUUAACUGCUGCAUUCCUUUCCUGUCUCUGUUCCCCACGGCUCUACCGGUGUUUCCUGAGAUUCGCACCCUAAGGAAGGACUGGCAGUCGAAUUACUGUCGUAGAGUUUUUAUGAAAAAGGAACAUGAGAGGGAAAGUCGCUUGCCCAGAGUCACCCAGCUGAACAGUGGUGGAGUUCAACUUUGACCAUGGGUUGUCUGGCCCCAAUGUGGUUGCUUGCUCCUCACCCAUGAGACUCCUCCCUUAUCAGCGUCAAAAGAAUGUAUGCAGGACCUCAAAAGUGGGAUCUCUGAUGCCUAUGCCAUAGAAAGCCCAGGCUCAUGGGUGUUGCCCGUGCACUCACUCUUAUCUCAUUAAGAGUAGUGAAGAAAAACAUGCUCAGUGCUGACCGUGUGACUGGGGGUGUUGUUUUAGACACUCUCUGCUUACUUUAAUUCAUUUAAUUUUCACAAUAACCUUGUUUUUACUUCUAGUUGUUAGAUGGAAAAACUGGGGCAAAGAGCAAUACGGAGAGUUGCGAAAAUUCAUUCCACUGGUCCAGGUUUGAACCAAGCAGUCUGCACCUGGAGUCCUGGUUUGUAACUAUGGCACCCUGGCUUCUCACACAUCUCCUCAUGGAGUUUCACCUUGUUUCAGGCAUGGCACUGAGCAGCUUCUUUUAAGAACAUAAUUUGUAAUUAUGUAGAUUACUAGUUCUGCUUCAAAAUGCCACACAGCCUUGGUGUGAUGAAAUGAAACCAUUGGUAAGUCUGAGCAUUGAGAACAAGCAUUCUGUUUUCCACUCCUGACUCCAUUCCAACAGCUGGGACAGUGUUUCCUCUGUGCCUGUAGAAACCUCAGCUCCUGUGCCGAGGAGCCUGGUCCCUCUGGGGAAUGUAGCAGUCAGGUGCUGGCAGGGACCUUGAAGCGACUGAAGGGUCAUGAAGAAAAAGCUGUUUACAAAGGUUUGGGCAGGGCCAAGGGAAGCAGGUGGUAUGGCACAGGGCCCUGGUGUUAGCAUCUUGUGGGUGCUGUCACCACCCUCCAUUUUGAUGGGGCCACGGAGAAGCUGUUCCAGGAACUCGGAAAAUCUGCAGCUGAGAGUGGAGGCCAGAGGAGGUAUCACUCCGUGUGCCCUUCAACGGUCUCCGGAUACCGCCACUGACCACGCUACAAUCUCCUUAUUAGACUGGAGAGGCUGCAGCCAUGUUGCAGACCCUGGUCAGAGUGAAACGUUCCAUGGGAACUCGGGCCAUGAGAAACAUCCUUCCUGUCUGCCUUACUGCAGAAACAUCCGUAUCACAUCGUCCCGGGCAAAGGCUCCACAGUCUGUCUGCAGGAACAUCCUUGCCAUAUCCUGCUGAGCAACAAGCUCUACCACCCAGACCCCGCCGUCCCAGUCCCAAGAUUACCCCAGCCUGUGAGCAGCAGUUGUGCCAGCACUAAGCUGGUUUAAUCCUCCCCAGGGUCUUGCUGGCAAUAAAGAGGUUGCUGUUGAAGCUGC